GAAAGCAAAGUUUUUGAUAACCAAAUGAAGAUACUAGUCGAGCUGAAGAGCAUGAGGACACUGCUGACUGCGAACAAAUCAACUAGAGUUUUAGUGUUGCCCGAAGACUGCCCGACAAUACCUGCUUCAACAGUGGCAGAUGUUCAAGCCAUUGAAGAGUACCUUUCCUCCCAAGAACACAUGGAGCUGCUGACAAACUACUGUUCAAGAUUUGGCGGCACAGACUUCCAGGACACGGUGCGAAUACUUUUGCGAAACUUGAUGACCAAAGCAGCAUCUUUGCAAUUCAGCUGGAAAGGCUCUCGUGGCAGGAAGAACGCAUUUGCUGAGCUUAAGAACAUUAACAACAUGAUCCUGGCCUGCCUUAGAGCUCAUUACCCCGAACAAGCAUCUCUCACGAAGUGCAGCGUUGUGGUAAAGCGCUGGCUCAUUGGUGCCCAAGAUCGUGAAGGCGGCCGAAACCGGAGGCGCCAGUCGUCUCAAGCAGGAGUGGCAAACACACUCUUGGAGGAAUAAGUGAAGCACUACCUUGUUCACAACCGUUGCUUUUUUCACAGCCGAAUGAAGCUGUGUAUUUGUAAAUAUGUAUAUUUUUCAAUAAAUGGGUAGCCCAUU